ACAUUACGCAGUUCACAUGCAGCUAAAUUUGUGUGUGUGUGUGUGUGUUACAUAGUCCUCUCGUCCACGCGGAGAAGACAGAUAAGCAAUCUAAAAAGUCUCAUGUUUCAUUUGAUUAAUUCGGAGUUACGUGGCGAUUCGGUAAUUCAGAAUUAUUAUGACUUUUAGUUCGUAACAUUGGACUAGAAAAUACAUAUAUUUUGAAUUCUAUCUAAAUCAUCGAGUACAUUUGUGUUUGAAGAAAGAAAGUGUCAUCUUUUUGUCUCAAUUGAAAUGAUGUACUUUUUAACUUCACACCUUAAAAUAAUGCUUGAUAUGUUUAAGAAACCAUAUGAUUAUCUUACCAAUGCCUGAUGAUUACGGAAUGGUCUCCUUCGCCAUCCCACUAUAUAAAAGCUACUAAUUUUGGAUGUUAUAAAGGAUGCCACAUAGGCAAAAUAUUCUCAGCCAUUCAUUCUGCCACGUCACUGGUAACCCAGACCAACAAAUCGUAAUUGCAGCCCAGCCCGUUAACCGGUUUCGCUCACGAAAUUGCUGUCUCCGUCUCUUUGCUGUUGGGCCAGAUUAAAAAAUUUUCCAGCCCAUCCCAUUACUUAUUUCAACUUUCAAACUAUUUUCUUUUGCAUUUUCUAUUAUUUCAGACAAUUUUUAUUUCAACUGUUUUCUAUAACAAUGUGCAAACCGCCUAAGUUCCCUUUGAUCUUAAAAUAGUACGCCCAAGAUAACAAAACCCCCUCAUUUCACACACAGUCCCUGUAAAUUUCUAUAAAAAACUAAAUUCUACUAUCAAACCCACCCAACAAAUUUACUACUACCACCUAUAAUUAUGGCCCGGCCUACUUAAACUUUUAAAAAAACCAUGACAAUACUUAAAAAAAACACACCCUAACUAUGUUCACUUCAAAAAAAAAAAUUUAAACAAAAUUGCCAAAAAAAUACUAAUUCUCAUUCUUAUCUAUGUAGCACAUGCACCACAAGAUCAAAGCAAUUAGGACAACACCCUCGAACCUCAUCCAAUAAUCGUUAGGAUCCUUAGGGUCUGGCCCAUCACAAAUCACAAAAAUAAAGAUGCUUUCCUAGGGACAACUUUCAUAUGUCUUGACAUCCAGGUUUGUCUAAAAUUAAUAUUUUUAAUUAUUCCAACUAUAUUUCAAAUGAUUGCUUCUAACCACUAAACAGGAACAAAAAAUGGAGGGGAAGGUACCUAUUUCUACGUCUGACACAAUGUACCAACGCUUCGAAGAAGUAAAAAUUUAUCACAUUAGAUAUUUUAAUCUACUCCCCAAUAACCAACGUUACAGGCUUACCGAUCAACCAUACAUAAUCAAUAUCAAAGAAACAACAACUAUUACACUGAUUCAAGAAAACAUUGCACCGAUUCCUUCAUACAUAUUCCGGCCACAACGCUACACCCAGUUGAUCAGCUUAGCAAGUGAAACCAACUUCCUACCAGAUGUUGUUGGCCGCAUUUGCCUCAUCCAAGGAAGUGAUUUAUAUAACCACUACACAGAUUCAAAAAUCAUCAUUGGAUUACGUUUAGACAGAUCGAAAUUGGUACGUCUAACUUUAUGGGACAAGGAGGCAUCUAAUUUCAGAGAGUUAAAUCGCAUAUCAACAAGGAAAAAACAAGUCGUAAUCAUCACAAGUAUCAUUCCACGGAUACAUGAAGAAAAACUAUCACUCACAGCAACACCUGGAACGCGCUUCUACUUUAACAACGAAAUUGAUAUCAUUCAACGCUUCCAAAAGAGGAAUAAACUGCUAUCCUAAGCCUCAUAGCAAACACCACCAGUCAACUUUUAAAACAUUUACGUUACCACUUCCUACAUCAAUUAAAUUGUCACACACAAAGAUUAUUUUCUCAUUCAAAUAUUGAAUUCCUCAAAACUAUUUAUUAUUCAUACUUACAGUUGUUUUUUAAAAAAAAAUGAUCACCGUUUCGAACUUCUCCCCUGUAUAAAAAAACAAAACUUAACUUAUCAUUUCAGAAAC